UCGCCCAGCCAGUCUAGAGUGCGAGCGAGCUGCGUGUGCCGAUUCUGUGAAUGCGCGGCUCAGCGGCAUCUUCUUCUUCCUUCCCUCCUUUCUUCCUUCCUUCCUUUUGUGUUGACGGUAAUCUAUCCGAAGUGAUCUCUGACCGCAUCACCAAGCGCACCAUGGUGACCAUGGAGGAGCUAUGCGAGAUGGACUGCAAUGUUUUAAAAAGGCUUUUGAGAGACGAUAACGGCAAAUGUUUGGUGCUAGACUGCAGGUCCUUCCUGGCGCACAGCGCGGGUCACAUCCGAGGGUCGAUAAACAUUCGUUGUAACACCAUCGUCAGGAGACGGGCCAAGGGCUCGGUCAGUCUGGACCAAAUUUUGUCCGGAGACGAGGAGGUACGAUCCAGUCUAAAAUCGGGACUUUACUCGGCGGUCAUUCUCUACGAUGAACGGACCCCGCAUAUUGACUCCAUAAAAGACGACAGCACAAUCACGCUGGUGCUUAAGGCGCUCUACCGGGAUUCCUACGGGACGGAGCUCUAUUUGCUCAAAGGAGGUUAUGACAAGUUCGCCUCAGAGUAUCCGGAAUACUGCUUGAAAACGAAAAGCCUCUCCGGAGCCGCCCUUUUGUCAAGCACGGAUGCCACUGAAACCAGCUGCACUUCCUGUGGGACCCCUCACCACGAUCAGGGUGGACCUGUUGAAAUUUUGCCCUUUCUCUAUCUGGGCAGUGCCUACCACGCUUCUAGAAAAGACAUGUUGGAUGCUUUGGGAAUUACUGCCUUAUUAAAUGUGUCUUCAAACUGUCCAAACCAUUUUGAAGACGUAUACCAAUACAAGUGCAUCCCGGUGGAAGACAACCACAAGGCUGACAUCAGUUCCUGGUUCAUAGAGGCAAUCGAAUACAUAGACUCCGUGAAGGAUUCCAAUGGAAGGGUGCUGGUCCACUGCCAAGCGGGCAUUUCUCGUUCUGCUACAAUUUGCUUGGCCUACCUAAUGAAGAAGAAACGAGUAAAGCUGGAGGAGGCCUUUGAGUUUGUCAAACAGCGGCGGAGCAUCAUCUCCCCCAACUUCAGCUUCAUGGGCCAGCUUCUGCAGUUCGAGUCCCAAGUGCUUGCCACUUCGUGCUCGGUGGAGGCGGCGAGUCCAUCAGCUGUACGGAGCAAAUCACCAGCUACUCCCACCUCACAGUUUGUCUUCAGUUUCCCGGUUUCUGUAGCGGUCCACACGCAGACAAGCAGCCUGACGUACCUACAGAGCCCCAUCACCACGUCGCCCAGCUGCUGAAGAGCUAAGCCUCCAAAGACGAAACUGAACUUUCGGCCUUAGAACUGCCCGACGUUCAAGGGUUUGUGCUGUGACAGAUCGUAAAGGGACACGUCUAGGGUGACCUUCGUUUUUUUGUGUUUUGUUCACUUUCUAUCAAGUUUCGCACGGUAGCAACACUGAUCCUCAGACGCCUGUCCUGAUCCAUUUCAAACACUGGGAAGAAAUGACACCGAAGGUGACGAGAACCAGGAGAAGGUGCAGAGCAGGAACGGUUUUGAAUAUGUGCUCACGUUUGGAACAAUGAAUCUCUCGUUUGCAAUAUGAUCUUUUUCCGACUCGAUAGUUCCACACAAUUUUAGUGUUGUGGUUGCAUACAAGGUUUGCCAUUUUAUAUUUUUUUAAUCGAACCAAGUAGAAAUUCUAUUUUUUAUUUUGAUACAGUGCUGUAAUAUAUUUUGAGAGCUGCGUAUAUGGCGUGUGGCGCGCUUCUCUAAUCCUGGACGUGAUACAAACCUUUUAGCACUGACGCAGAGAACCGAUGCACACAGUCUCCCACUUUUACCAAACAAAAUGCCUUUUGGAACUGUUUCUGAGAAAGACAAAGCGGCAAAGCUCAACAGGGCAUGAAGGAAGAAUCACAGUGAGGGCAGCAGUAUGGAUCCUGAAACGUCAGGCCCCUUCCACAAAUCUGCACAAGAUUUCCUUUUUGGUUUUUUUAUUAUUAUUAUUAUUUUUUUUUUUUAUUUCAUGGUGCCUUGAUGUGCCGAGGGAGGUAAUCAGUGUUCCGAAAAGUCUUGAGAGGCUCUCAGCUGAAGGAUGCCAACAGAUACCAGCCAGGGGGUGGGGUGCGCAUGGAGCCUAGCCUGUCAAGUCUGCAAUACAAACUCUUACCAAGUGCUGGACGUUUUUUUUUUGUAUGCCACUAUGGAAACUGCUUUCCAUUUAUUUUUUUUCCAAGAGAGCAAUAACAUUUGGUAGCCUCUGAGUUUUUUUUCUUUUUUUUUUUGCCAUUACAAAAGAAAGAAGACUUUUUUGAAGGGGUCAGUUUUUAUUUCAUUUGACUUGUGUUCACCUUUGUUGUACCUCAUUUUUAAAAUAAGAGACUUAAAGACACUCAAAUGAAGCUUUACUGGGGUUUCAAGUUAACAUUGAUAACAAAAGAAAAAAAAAAGAACACUUCCUGGGACACGUUGAACUGGAAAUGGUUGGAAGCACUGGAAAUCUUCAUUGUUCUUGAAACAGGCCAUCAGACUUUAUGAAUGGAGUGAAGAACUUCACCUUGUAGUUUGUAGAAUGAGAACGACAAUACCACUGUAGGGACCCGUGUGUGUGUGUGUGUGUGUAUAUAUAUAUAUAU